AUGCCAACAGAUCACGAAGAGCCAUGUGGUCCCAGUCACAGGUCGUUUUGCCUGAAUGGGGGGAUUUGUUAUGUGAUACCUACUAUUCCCAGCCCAUUUUGUAGGUGCAUCGAAAAUUAUACAGGAGCUCGUUGUGAAGAGGUUUUUCUCCCAAGCUCCAGCAUCCAAACUAAAGGCAACCUGUUCGCAGCUUCCGUGGUGUUGGUUGUCUUUCUGGUAACACUUAUCAUUGGAGCCCUGUACUUCCUUUGCAGGAAGGGCCACCUUCAGAGAGCCAGUUCUGUCCAGUAUGAUGUCAACCUGGUAGAGACAAGCCAUACCAGUGCCUACCACGGUGAGUAA